AUGCGGCAACGAAGGUUGCACUUGCGGUUCCUGGCGGGAAGAAGACGGUUGAUGCUUGUCUUUACCUUGUUGACUCUGCUUUAUAUGAAUAUCCUGUGUCUUGCGAAUCGAAUGACAGUGUCUUUACCUCCUACAACCUUUCGGAUCGAUAGCAGGACUCAGAUGAAAGACAUCUUCAAGUGUUCAAGUCUGCACUUUAUCGGUUCUUUUAACGAAUAUUACGUCAAUUGUGAUCUACUUGUACCUGACCAAGAGCAGCUGAAGCUACUGGAGAUUGUAAAUGUGACGUUAGAUGGCUCAAAGCUCUCACCUUUGCCCGGUGUCCACGCAGAACUGACAUUUAACCUCAAUACAAGCCUCACCACCGUGUCCAUUUGUAACAGUCAAUUGCAUGCCAGCGCCGUGGAAGUUCGUGCAGCUAACGUAUCAAUAGACAAACAUUCUGUUGUAAACGUAACGGCUCGUGGGCUCAAGUUUGGACCAGGUUAUAACUCGUGGAGCGCAAUGGGCGGCAGUUAUGGAGGAAUUGGUGGGGCUUCACUUACUAAUAGUCACUCAAACUGUGAUAACGUAUCACGUAAUGAUUUCUUUCGAGCAGUGGGAGAUGUCUCAGCAAACUCGGCUAAUUUUCGAGGCUAUGGCAGUGGAGGAGGUAAUGACAAGAGUCGGGGCGGAGGACGAAUCUCUGUGGUUGUAGAGGGAAAUGUGGAAAUCCAUGGAUUCCUAUUGGCCCAUGGAGGAGAUGCAUGUGAAGACUGCUAUGAUAGUGCUGGCGCAGGCGGCAGUAUUGUAGUUGUGGCGACGGAACGUAUCUAUGGAAAUGGAACAGUGCAGGCGAAUGGUGGAGAGCCUAGUAUUUUCAGUAAUGAUAAAUUUGCUGGUGGUGGUGGUGGUGGAGGUGGAGGUGGACGAAUUGUGCUUGAUUCAAAGAACGGAGAAGAACUAGUGCCGUCACAGGUCGCGGCGUUCGGUGGCGGUUCGAGUACUGACAAAAGUGCAGCGAUAGGGUGGUGCCAGUUAGGAGGCGAUGGGACUAUAUUGAAGCUACAUUAUUCGAAGAAAGAUGAUGGUGACCGUAAUGGCAGCCGACGUCUUAAGACUGUAGUAAGUACGUUGCUUGUAAAAGGGAGACGGUUGGCACACUCUGGACCCGUAAAGCGCAUUCAGAUUUACGGAUGUACACCGAUUUUCCAGCAAACUCCCAGGGGUGCCCGAUUCCUGCCAGAGUCUCUUGUACAUAUGUUUGUAAAUGGCGGAUCUACAGUCUGUGCAUCGGUGAUUGAUCUACAGGACAGCGUUGGAGGCAUUAAAAGUUCGAUUGUAGUUGACUCUGGAUCAGAACUCAAUGUUUUUGACCGUGAACGAACAGUCCGGUUGUCGGCGUCGCAAAUUACAGUUCAGGGUUACGUGGGGCCUUCAUCACUACAAGAACGUGAUUUAUUUGGUCUGUUACUAAUUGGAGCUGACGUUUCAUUUUCCAAUGCGCUAGCAAUGGUGCACGAACUUGAUGUCGAUGCCCUCGGUACGCUUUCUAUUGAUGAGUUUUCUGUGCUUCAAUUUCAAGCAAAAGUAAACAUCAAGACAAAUGCUUCUAUCAAGAUUCGCGGCUUCCUGCAGCCUUUGGGCAAACCGUUCGUGCAAGUGCAUCGUAGCGACCGAGACGAUAUCCCCAUGAUUAGCGUGAUUAGUAACAAAGAUAUCGAGUUUCGCCCACAAACUACGGAAAUGGGACAGGUGAAUCUGCUCAUCAGGACGAAUGGCACAGUGCUCCUAGAUAUGCCGUUUGACACUCCAUUUCUUAAACUAUUGGUUUCGGCUGUGAACGUAUCCAUUGACAACGUGAACAGUGGCCCAGUGGUGGAAUGCAAUGGUAUUAAUCUCGAAGCGGACGCAUCCGCCUGCACAACUUUGCACAGGUCAAAUUUUGACGAUCAGCCAUAUUCAAUCAGUAUUUUUGCUUCGGAGAUUGCUACUCUGGGGAAUUUUUCGGCUGGAUCUAUGAUUCUGUGUAGCAGCAGCAUCAUGACCGUCGAGGGUGCGAUUUCCAGCUCGAGGCUUGGAUGUGGUUCUGGCGUAGGUCCUGGUAAGAGCGAGAUUUCUGGUGUAGCUAGCGGUGGGGCAGGCCAUGGCGGAAGAGGUGGUAACAUUUUACCGGGCAGUACUGGUGGUGGUGCUGUCUAUGACGUUUCCAAAGAGCUUGUGAUGCAGCAAACCGGAUUGUGGAUGUCACAGUCUGCGGACAGCGGUUGGCCGCUUUGGCCCGGUAGUGGUGCGGCGAGUGGCGACACGCCAAACAAAAUUAUUGGAGGCAGCGGGGGUGGAAUCAUCUACAUUGGGACAAAGAAGCUUAACAUAGCCAAAGUAGCGUCAAUCUCAGCGCGGGGAGGAAUCGGUUCAAUGGGCGGUGGCGGUGGAUCUGGUGGAUCCCUGACACUUUUUAUUGCUGACAUCGCCGGCGGAGGCUUCAUAGAUUUGGCUGGUGGUUCAACUUCCGCGCCAGUAGUUUCCUCUGCCAACAACAAACCUGCAAACCAGUCAAUUUGGAAUCCUAACGUGCUUCCAGGGGCUUUUAUCGACAAUGCUGGAAGGGUAGGGGGUGGUGGAGGUGGAGGAAUAAUUCGUAUCACAUAUUUGAAUACUCCUGACAAUUCGAGUGAGGGCAACGGGGAGGCGUUUGUUAAGAAUGGAGGUCGCAUUUCUGUUAGCGGCGGUGAAAGCACAGGAGGUGAGAAUGGAGGUGCAGGUGUUAUGGUUGGUGCAAACUGUCGUCCAGGGCGUGGUAACGUGUUUUGCUUGCCAUGCCCGGAGGGCAGUUACAGCCCAGGUCGUUUCUCUAAGUGUUCGCCAUGUGAUCCUGGUACAUACUCUAGCCAUACUGGAUCUGAAAAUUGCGAUGCAUGUCAAAUUGGUCAUUUCAAUCCAGAUUUUGGACAAAAGGAGUGCCAGUCUUGUCCAUUGGGGUCAUUUGGUGCAAAAGUGGGUUUGGUGAAGUGUGAGCUGUGCCCACCUGGAUCGUUUGCACGGUUGACUGGCAGCAGUACAUGCUCGUUCUGUCCUGUAGGCAGCAUUACUACUUCGUCCGGCAGUAGCAAUUGUACACUGUGUGGAAUUGGGGAGACCACAGCUAAAGCUGGUGCAACUGUAUGUGCUAAAUGCAAGAACAAACCCAUCCACUCCGAGUUCAACAUGCCCGGCAAUUGCUCAUAUGCUUGCUUUAAGGGACGAAAUGGACUGGACUGCUUAACCCCUUUCGAACGCUUGGUAAAACCUAUCGGUGGUCCGCUCUCUUUUGUGAUUCUCGUGUUUGCCGUUACUGGUCUUAUCUUUGCCGCCUGGGGGUUCUUUUCUUACCACGACGAUAGGUCCGAGCUGCACCGUUAUACCCAGUACAAAGCACAAAGGUUGCGCGAUGAGCUGUCGCUCGAGACGGUAACACGAACCUUAACUCCUCGGCUAACUGACCAAGAUCUCACUGCUCACGUUGCUCGCUUGUAUCUCGCCGGAGACAAUCAUCUGAAGAGUGCCUGGCGACUGAAUCCAUACUUCUUACCAGUAAGCCUGCGUGACAUUGUCGAAGAAGGCACGUACGCUAGUUUUGCUUCCACAUGCAACAAAUUGGUGGAAUGGGACCUUACAAGCUGGGAGGCGUGGUUGUAUCGCUUUUUGAUUGUCACGAUACCUCCAGUAAGCACCCUUUUCAUGCGACGCUGCCAGUUGCGUCGCGUUGUAAAGCUUACGAAGUACAUACGAGAUUAUGGCGGUCGCUUCUUCCGCGACAUGAACUUUCGAGUGCAUGGCACGCAAUUGAAAGUUGGCUUUAGCUCUGAUUUCUCACUCGGUUACUUCGAUGUACUAAUUUCACGGUCAGGUUCGUUUUCAUCGUUGAAUUUGAAUGCGAUGCAAGCUGCGAAUCAUGAGGAUCUAGUGCUUGUGGUUGGUGGUAGUGGCUCAUUCUUCAGACCAUAUCAUCUCGAUUCGAACGACAUUAUCGUGCGAGCCGUACCUUCGCGUCUCCAACUUCUGGAACACAACUUUUGGAUUGAUUUUGUGGCCGAUAUCAAUCAGAAACUGCGCGUGUUACCGCAGCCUACGUCAGCUGUUCGCCGUGUUCGCGAGGCUGCUGAAGUGGCUCGUGACAUAAUCAAAUGUGUAGAAGCGCUCAACGAGAAACACGUAAAAGAUGGCUUUGCGGUGAUGUUCGGGACAUUCUUGGUCGGAAAAGCGAUAGCGGCAGAUGGGAAUGAGCGCUGCUUUGAGCCGAUUUCGCUCGAAAAUGUAGACACGACUUUCGCAUCCUACUCGCAAGAACCGUUUAAAUUGGCUAUUCGAAUUUUUAGACUGCCUGAAACAUUUCCUGCAACAAUAAACAAGACGUCGUUACAUCAUCUAGAGCCGUCAUCAGAAGAUAAUGACCGAAUGAUGGCUGAAGCGGAUCCUCGUUCAACUGACUUCCGGUACUCACAGAUCAGGAUGGAAGCUUUGUUUGUGCAGCCUGAGCGUCAAAGAGAUUACCCAGACAAUUUCAGGGAUGACAGCGAUAGUCUCAUACCACACAAGAAACCACAUAGCCGUAUCACGGCACGGCAAGCAAAAGCGCUGGUGGAGGCCUUGUGUACAAAUGACACUGCGAAGCGGUGGUUAACAACUCUUUCGCAGCCUGUGUAUCCACUUUUCCGAUUGCGCAACUUGUCCCGUCCUGAUCUUCCUGUCCGGUGGUUACUCUCCGUGAUGAUGGUGCUCCUUUUAAUUGCUGAUAUGAGUAUUGCAUUUUGGAUCAUGAUGGAGUACUAUUGUAUUCAAAUUCGUGACCCCACUGCCCAAGAUGCUGGCUGCUCCCGGACAGCGCUAUGGUCAGUCAUUAGUAUCGUACCGGGAGCCAUUUUCGGCUCGCCGCUACUUGGACUGCUUUUCGUCACAAGAAAGAACAUCUUUUGCGGCAAGUUGUUUGCGCUGUGGAAUGUCAGCUCAAAUGUGAACCAAGUUGCAGCUUUCAUCGGUGGCCUUGCUUUCCUGGCGCACGUUCACAACGACAUUCUGCUCGUAGCAGUCGGUGGCGUGCUUAUUAAAUAUUUUGAGAAAGAAGUGGCCUUGCGUUGCAUUGCGCAAUAUGCAAGCGAACGGUCUCUACGCGGUUGGCGAGGCCUGCAUACUACGCGUGACUGGUACGAUGCUGCCUACACGCCUUUAGUUCAUGACGAAAGCUAA